AAGAAAGUUUCGGUUGCUUGCUAGCGGAUCUGCGAUCUGCGUUUAAUUAUUUUACUGCUUUUUUGAGAAUUGUGUACUGUUGUGAAAUUUUCGCUGAAAAAGGUAUUUUACUUUUAAUAAUAGUCGUGUAAUGUAUCAAAUUUCCGGUGUUUGAUUCCACUCAAAUGCAGAAAUGACUUGAGAUACAAGCAUUUCUGCUUAUUUCGUGUAAUUCCGAUUGUAUUCUCUGUACUGCAUGUUGCAGUUUGUUGUCUAGAAUCGGUAUUCUGUUUCCAAUUUAACGAACUGAGAAGCGAUGUCGUUGAAACAAAUCGUGGUGAAAAGUGCCACCGCAAUGUCUCUUCACGAACGCUUCACCAAGAUUAGAAAGACGAAAGAAGCCUCCACGUCCGGUGAGCGGGUUAUGCAGCAGUUGGCUUCUGGUCGAAACAGGCGAUUGGCGCAGCAAAUGGAAAGACGUCCUUCUGUUGCCGCUGCAUUAAGAAGAGAUUCAAUUAAAACAAGACUUGGUCUUCCAGGAGCCAUAAGUGUCAGAGAACGUUUACGAUUACCUCGAGGUUUCAGCGCACGGCGUGGUCGCGGUAGCUUGGCCGGAAAAUCUCCAUUGACGAGGGGACUCAAUCGUGGAAUAGGCGUCGCUGAAAAUGCUAUUUUAGCUGCUCAGCGUAGAUCUAGAGCCAGAAGCCCUUUCGUUGCUAACAAAGUCGCUCGUCGUCGAUCGAGAAGUCGAUCUAGAAGCAGAUUACCAUUUCGUUCGAGGAGUCGUAGUCGUAGUCGAGCACGAUCUCAAAGCAAUAAUAGAUUCAGGAGCAGAAGUAAAUCGCGUUCCCGAUACCCUGAAGCUGGAACUUCGCUUAGAGGACAGUUUUCAGGACGUCGAAGAGGAUUCGGGAGAGGACGAGGAGGAAGUCUGAGAAAUACAGUAAGAAAUGACUUAAGAUCAUACAGACCUAAAUUAGGCGGUGGAUUCCGUUCGAAUAAUGGAAAUACUAUCGGACGUAAAAGAGGCCGUGGUAGUUUUAGAAGUCGACUUCGCGGAAGAGGCCGUGGUCGUGGCACCGACACUGGCAGAGGAAGAGGAAACUUCAAUCGCGGUCGCAUGCCAACCAAAGAAGAAUUAGAUCGAGAAUUAGAUCAGUAUAUGUCCACGUCAAAAGCUACGUUAGAUAAAGAGCUGGAUACAAUGAUGAGUGAAGAAACAUGGCAUUGAAACCUGAGAAUGAGUUUUUGAUAACAUAAUAUGGCCGUUUUUUCUUCUUUGUAUACUUCACCUUUGUCCUAUCAUAGUUUUGUUGUAUGAUUGUCAGUGUAUAUAAACAUCUGGACCGGUAUAUUUUCUGUGUCGUAUAUUAAGAUGUAAUUGAUCUGCAUAAUCUGCAGUGAGCAUGGACUAAUUUCAUUUGAUGUCAAGUACCAUUAUUGUAUUUACUUUCUUUGAGAUUUUUUUUGUCUUUUUCAUCAUAAUUUUAUUUAAUUUAUAUAGAUUAACAUUGAAAGAACAAAUUGAAAGAAAUGUAUAUUUUCAAUAGUUGAGAAGUUAUUAACUAUGUGCAGAUGUAUUUUAAGGAAUAAAACACGUUCUAAAUGUA